AGUGGCGCGCGGGGCUCCGACAGGCCUGGCCUCCCCGCCGGAGGCCUGAGCUCCCUCUUCAGCUAGGUCAUAUUGCUCUUCCUGGGCGGAUCAGUAUUCAGUCUUCGCCCACGUUAGAUCCCUCCACCGCGGGUUCCCCUCUCUUGUAAAACCGCCUUGGAGUGCGGAUCUAUGAUGCUCUCGGGCCAGGCCUAGAGUGGGCAUAGCUUCUGUGGGAGAUGUUGACAGGAUCAAAGAGUAUACCUUUUACGGUUGUUCCUCACAGCUCCUUUUAUUCUGCCUCAAGUCCCGACCCUUUACUGGGCCCAUUCAACCCACCGCCACCUCUUCCCAAACCCGGGAGGCUGCAGGUUAUCUGGGAACAAAGCAGGACAAGUCUGGGCACCUGAAGGAUCUACUGCUUUCAAGUGUCUGCUUUCAGCAAGGUUAUGUGCUGCUCUCCUGAGCAACAUCUCUGACUGUGAUGAAACAUUCAACUAUUGGGAGCCAGUAGACACACUACCUCAUCUAUGGGGAAGGGUUUCAGACUUGGGAAUAUUCCCCAGCAUAUGCCAUUCGCUCCUAUGCUUACCUAUUGCUUCAUGCCUGGCCAGCUGCAUUUCAUGCAAGAAUUCUACAAACUAAUAAGAUUCUUGUGUUUUACUUUUUGCGAUGUCUUCUGGCUUUCGUGAGCUGUAUUUGUGAACUUUACUUUUACAAGGCUGUGUGCAAGAAGUUUGGGUUGCACGUGAGUCGAAUGAUGCUAGCCUUCUUGGUUCUCAGCACUGGCAUGUUUUGCUCAUCAUCAGCAUUCCUUCCUAGUAGCUUCUGUAUGUACACUACGUUGAUAGCCAUGACUGGAUGGUAUAUGGACAAGACUUCCAUUGCUGUGCUGGGAGUAGCAGCUGGGGCUAUCUUAGGCUGGCCAUUCAGUGCAGCUCUUGGUUUACCCAUCGCCUUUGAUUUGCUGGUCAUGAAACACAGGUGGAAGAGUUUCUUUCAUUGGUCGCUGGUGGCCCUCAUACUCUUUCUGGUGCCUGUGGUGGUCAUUGACAGCUACUAUUAUGGGAAGUUGGUGAUUGCACCACUCAACAUUGUUUUGUAUAAUGUCUUUACUCCUCAUGGACCUGAUCUUUAUGGUACAGAACCCUGGUAUUUCUAUUUAAUUAAUGGAUUUCUGAAUUUCAAUGUAGGCUUCGCUUUGGCUCUCCUAGUCCUACCACUGACUUCUCUUAUGGAAUACUUGCUGCAGAGAUUUCAUGUUCAGAAUUUAGGCCACCCAUAUUGGCUUACUUUGGCUCCAAUGUAUAUUUGGUUUAUAAUUUUCUUCAUCCAGCCUCACAAAGAGGAGAGAUUUCUUUUCCCUGUAUAUCCACUUAUAUGUCUCUGUGGUGCCGUGGCUCUCUCUGCACUUCAGAAAUGUUACCACUUUGUGUUUCAACGAUACCGCCUGGAGCACUAUACUGUGACGUCGAAUUGGCUGGCAUUAGGAACUGUCUUCCUGUUCGGGCUUUUGUCGUUUUCUCGCUCUGUGGCACUGUUCAGAGGAUAUCAUGGGCCCCUUGAUUUGUAUCCAGAAUUUUACCGAAUUGCUACAGAUCCAACCAUCCACACUGUCCCAGAAGGCAGACCUGUGAAUGUCUGUGUAGGAAAAGAGUGGUAUCGAUUUCCCAGCAGCUUCCUUCUUCCCGAUAAUUGGCAGCUUCAGUUCAUUCCAUCAGAGUUCAGAGGUCAGUUACCAAAACCUUUUGCAGAAGGACCACUGGCUACCCGGAUUGUUCCUACUGACAUGAAUGACCAGAAUCUAGAAGAGCCAUCCAGAUAUAUCGAUAUCAGUAAAUGCCAUUAUUUAGUGGAUUUGGACACCAUGAGAGAAACACCUCGGGAGCCAAAAUAUUCAUCCAAUAAAGAAGAAUGGAUCAGCUUGGCCUAUAGACCAUUCCUUGAUGCUUCUAGAUCUUCAAAGCUGCUGCGGGCAUUCUAUGUCCCUUUCCUGUCAGAUCAGUAUACGGUGUAUGUAAACUACACCAUCCUCAAACCCCGGAAAGCAAAGCAAAUCAGGAAGAAAAGUGGAGACCGGAGAAGAGCAGAACCAACUUACAGGAAGAAUUGAAAAUCCUGGGACUGGAUGGCUGUGUUAAGCUGUUCUCCACACUCUGGCCUGGCAUCUGAGAACUAGCAAGCCUCUCUUAGGCCAUAUGGGCUUCUCCACCAAAGCUGUUUGGCAGCUCCUAGCAGACCUUCUUGUUCAAAUCCUCGUGCUGAAAAUGAACAUAGCCUAGUUGCCAGCCCACAUGUCCUUUUCACCUCCAGCAAGACUAAGCUGCUUUAAAGCACUUCACAGAACUAGGACCCUGUCCUGGAGCUAUCUCAGGAAAAAGGUGACCAUUUGAGGAACUGUGACCUAAUUUUAUUAUAAUGAUGCCUCUAAUUUUCAUUUCCUUUACAACCCACUGUAACUAUAUGGUUGUAUUGUUUUUUUGUUUAGUUUUAGCAUGCUAUGUUUUGAAUUCUAGACUCCUCCGUGUGAAGAUACCAACAGACAAAACUACAACUGUAUAGGACAUAUUUGGAGAAAAUUUUAUCAAUUGAUAGACUUGGAUGACAUCACAUUUUUAAGUAAUGUAAUCUGAGGCCACUGCUGAGGAAAUUAAGAAUUUUCCUUUUUUUUUUUAA